CUCAUAUUGCCCAGUUACAGACUUUCUCCACUUUCACCCCGAACUUUAGAUGAACCUCUCCCAUUUUCGCGUCCUCCCCUGACCGUCUCGUCUCUUUUUGGUGAAUUAACCCCGUCUUUCGAUGCCCCUGUGUGUGAAUACCUAUAAGUCGUGUUCCCUCCUUACUUUUUCACUGCUGCUGGUAGUCAUAUUAUCCAAGCACAAGGAGAGUAGCACAAUUCGUAUGUAUAAAGGUUAUGGGACUUAAUGGCGUGCGGCUCUCAUCGGUUAGUUCUAGUUGGAGGAUGGAUGGAGAGCGAGAGUCUGCUACUAACUUGUGAAUUCUGGGAGUGUUUCCGGAGAUAUUAGUAUUCACCACUUUUUUAACUCCCAAAAAUUGUUGUUGUUCCGUUUUCACCACAUUUUUCUCUCCUCCUCCCCCUCCCCGCACCCAAUUUGUAGGCAAAUCUGCCCAGUUUUCCGCAAAAAAUUACGAUGUAAACAAUAACAUUGCGCCCGAGAUAUUUAUAUUAUUCUUUGGUGCGACGACGACGAAGAAGAAACGGCGCUGAAGGAAAGUUAACGAAUUUAAUCCUCCUCGUCGCAAGGAUGAGGCGACGAUGAGAGGUGGCGACGGGGAUGGUGAAGAUGGCGACGACAAGGGCGUCGACAUGAAGGAAAAAGAGGUCCUUUUUCCCCCAAGAAUGGUUUGAAAUUGACCCCCCGACCCGAUGAGGAGUAGUGUCGGUAUAGUUGGAAGCUGAUUUUGUUGAUAAAGAGCUGAACGAAUGGAUUUGGUUGAACGUGAUGAUUAAAAAAGUGUGUGGUUAUCAAGUGUGUUGUAGUGUUGUUUGUUGUGAAUGUGGAUAAGCGAAGAAUAUAGGAGAAAUUUGUCGAAAAUGGCGCUAGAAUUAAAGCUACACAGCCCUGCAGGGGUCGAACCGAUGAUAUACACUUGGCCUCUGAAUAGUGUCGGAAGUGGGAAGGACCGGGUUGAUGGGGGUCACGAAAUUGCGGAAACUAUAAGAUGGGUCUGCGAGGACUUUCCAGAAUUGAAGAUAGCAAUGGAAAAUAAUUGCCUGAACGAUUAUCUCCCUCAGUCGUUCGAAAGUAUGAAGAACCUCUGCGACCGCUACAACAGGGCGAUCGACUCUAUCCUUCAAUUGGAGAAAGGAACCUCUAAACCGAAGGAGAGGCUGAACAAACAGCCUUCCCGACUCUUGCUAAAACAUAUUCUGCAGCAGGUUUACAACAUGGCGGUGACGGAUCCGGAAAAAUUGAACAAUUAUGAGCCCUUCUCUCCAGAAGUGUAUGGAGAAACAUCGUUCGAACUUAUAUGUCAGAUGGUUGACCAGAUCGAGAUAAGUGAGGAUGAUGUUUUUAUCGAUUUGGGGUCCGGAGUUGGACAGGUUGUGUUGCAAGUGGCUGCAUCCACCAAGUGCCAGAACUGCUAUGGAAUAGAGAAAGCAGAAAUCCCUUCAACUUACGCUAUGGACAUGAACACACAUUUCCGUAGGUGGAUGAAGUGGUAUGGGAAAGUUCAUAGUGAAUAUACCCUUUUGAAGGGAGACUUUCUCCACGGUGAUCUGCAAGAUUUGAUUAAAAAGGCGACAGUCGUGUUUGUUAAUAAUUUCGCCUUUGGGCCCACGGUGGACCACAAAUUAAAGGAGCGGUUUGCGGAUUUAAAUGACGGUGCUCGUAUUGUUUCCUCAAAGACAUUUUGCCCACUGAAUUUCAGAAUAACGGAUCGGAAUUUAACCGACAUUGGGACUAUUAUGCAUGUAUCGGAACUAAAACCAAUGAAGGGAUCCGUCUCCUGGACAGACAAGCCGGUCUCGUAUUUUCUGCAUGUAAUUGACUCCACCAAGCUGCAUCGAUACUUUGAAAAGGGCAAGUCCGGCAUUAGAGAGAAAGAGCAAGCUAGCAGUUCCCUUCACAAUCGUGGACGCAGUAAAUCCAUGAACAUUGACCAUAGUUCAUCCUCCCACUCCAGCAGACAACAUUUGACAAAUGGAAUAAAAAUCAACGGGCUAAAAUCGAUCGAAACAAGUUCAAACGAUUCGAAUAAUUCAUUACCAAAAGAGAAUAAUAACGAAGAUUUGAGUGACGUAAGUGACGAACCCAGCAACGGAGUCGUCGUUGGACCAACGACACGCAGGGCUUGGUCAGAUUGGUGCUCUAGUAGAGGGAAAAGUUCGAAGGAAAAUAGUGAAGACGACACGGUUGCUCCGCAUUCUAAUCGAAACAAUCCAAAAUCUGGCAGGGGGAGGCCUCGCGGAAAGAAGAAAGUGUUAAGAAAGAAGUUAUCCAGGAGUAAUAAGGUUAGAAAGGUCAAGAUGGAUAUCAAGGAUGACGAUGACCCAUGUUUAGAAGCAAUGUUGGCCGAUUCUAAACAGUUGGAUAUUAAUUUACCUCCUCCACCCAUUCAAACCACUGCGAGAGGUGGCAGUACGGCCGGAAGGAAGCCGAAGGGACGGUUGAAGAAGACAAAGAAUAAGCGGGGGCUGAAAAUAACUGGACCGAAGUUGUCAGCGAUUGAUUUUCUGCACAGCCAAACGCUCCUUAGCACGUCUCCUCAAGGAAAGAAACUGCCGGCCGCAAAAGGUACGAUAGAUCAAAAAUUGACCCAGCUAAGCAGCGCUGCCACGACGGGAAUUAUAAAACAUGAAGAAAUGCCCAUAACAACUCGAAACACGCCGUACGCAUUGCAAAAGCUUCUCGAAAUGUACAAAAAUCAAUUCUUGGAUGCUAUCGAGACCAUGAAAUCGCCUCAGUACAGGCGACAAUUGCUGGAUCAAGUGGAGGUUGAAAAGAGGAGGAAAGAGGACCUCGUCAUCCGGAAAGACCAGCUGGAUAAACAUAUUGCCAAGCUGAUUUCGGACUCUACAAAGUUAUUGAGAUCGAAACUGGAAGAACUUAAUAUUCAGGGUGAGGGAGCAACGGCAGACACACUUCUUUCUGAAGCUCGUAAUAUUGUCAUGCGCCACAAGGAAAUCCAAGCUGAAGUGACCAAGUUGCAAAACGAAGUCGCGAAACUGGAGAAAUCUAAAGAAGCGUUCGUUGAAGAGAGAAAGAAAGAAAUGCUCGAAAAAUGUCGUCAAGCGGGUAUCGUAAACGGAGCAACCCUUCCCGACUCUGAUCUGGAAAAGAUCUGUCGGAAAUUCCUCAUGACCGAAAUCACGGCCACCUUAUCCUAUCGGAAAAACUUGGAGAGUCGUCUGGCCCAGUAUGAAUUGGACAUUGUGGCCUCAGAGAAAGAAAUCAGUGCCCUACAACAACAACACGCUGUCCUACAGCAGCACCAGAAACUACAGAUCGUGUCAGUGUCGCCAAAAUCAUCCUCUUCAAGUACUGCAACACAGCAACGGAAAGAUAAGAAUAUGGCACGCAGUAGAUCUCAAGAAUGGCCGGAUAUCCCUGACAUUGGGAAAAUUAACGAAAAUAAUCCGGAAAUGUUGGCGAAAAAGAUACUUGAAACUGGGAGGAAAAUUGAGGCUGGAAAACUCCCAAGGAAGAGUCCAGAGAGGAUUGCGAAUUGUAGGAGGAAAUCUGGAAAUAACAACAGUGUGGUAGCGAUGGAUCAUUCUUCUUCCUAUAAAGAUGACACUAUUCCUGCCCCCAAAGUGAAUUUCUACGAGGAUCGAUUAAAGAGUAUUAUUACAUCUGUGCUGAAUGAAGAUCCGGCGACCGGCCAGCAAGGUCAGCAAGGUGCAACAUCAAACAACACGAUUGCCACUCCGACUACGUCCCCAUACACAAAUUAUGGGCCGAAAUCGGUGACGGGCAGAAGUGUGACUUCUACUACUUCGUAUUCACAAAAUAACUUGCCAACAACUCCGCCUCGGUCCUCCCCUAAUGAUGGCAGCUCACAAAAGAAGAAACUCCAACUUUCUCCAGAUAUCAUCCUUGGAUACAGUAACAAUACCCGCACUCCCGGCAAAGCCGCUCUUCGCACGCAUCUCGUCAAUAACUCUUCUCCCCUUGAACAACAGAAAGUGGUGCGAAAUCUCAACUUCGGUCCUGGGAAUAAACCUCGCUCAAUCAACGACUUGAUGACGAAUGAGAUUGAGAGUUCGUUAGGAGUUACACACCAUGGGCGAUGCCGUACCCCGUUGAGUUCCGCUUCACCUCCCGUUGUUCGAGCAGUAUAUUCCCCAAUUUCAAGACCAAAUUCGAACGAGAACAUUCCCGAAUCGCUGUCGUCGUCGUCAUCUGGAUUCCAAGUUUCUCGAGCCACCGUGUUAGUGAACACACAAUCCAAACCUGGAAUGGAUGCAGGGAUGAACGAAGGACUCGCUGCGGGGCUAAAAGCGAGGUUACUAUCGCUUGCGAAAUCGUCUGCCAACAGUUUAGAGAAAACUGCCAGUCGGAAUGAGGAGGCUUCAUCGUCUCAACUUGAAAGUACAAACCCGUUGCUGAAUUCGCCUCUUGUGAAAGAGAAGAAACUCGUAGAGGCGGCGAAUGGACGUGUCACGGUGGAAGUCGUCCUUCAAAGUUCAGAAGGUCCCGAGGGUCUCGUCCCAAAGAGCAAGAACGAUAACAGCAGUAAUUCCAACGGGAGCGUGUUACAAUUGGUGCGAAAGAGGGUCGGAGAAGUUAAUGGAAUUUCGGUCCCACCCAAGAAGCAACCCACUCCUGACAUCAUAGGACCGCCAAAGACACCAACUCCUACAUUUCCACCAUCUACUCCAAGUCCUCGACCUGGGUCGGCUUCGACACCGCUAUCUCGCCCAUCCUCUGCGCAUCAUUACACUCCUGAGCUGAGGAAUUCUCCAGGACUGGCGACACUGACGCCGGUCAAUGGCUAUCGAAGCAGAGUACCGACACCGGGAGGAUUGAUGGACGAUCAUGGUAUUGGAAGCUCAGCUCCUCGAGCUGAUUUUGAUAGCACGUUCGACCGGAUUCUCUGUUUCGCGACGAACGAGGUGGAUAAACGCCGCCGAAGUACUGAAGCUGCCGGAAUGUCACCUAGAAAUGGGCACGUGUCCACCACCACGGGCAACUUGAAAGCUUCAGAUUACAAUGACAGACCAAAGACACCCUCCGCCACGAAUGGGGAAACGUCACCCGAUUCUGGGAUAGGGCGCGAUCUCCCACUCUCCUCAUUGGAUCAUUGGAACCACUCCGCUGAAGUGGACUCUUUUUCAAAAGGGAGACGUCACCGAGAGAAUAGUAUUUACAGAAGACGAUCUCCUACCCCACCACCGAUGGGAAUACCUCGCACGCCGUCUCCAUCUCGGAACGAUGAACUAUACGAGGAUGACCUUAUGGAUGAACCACCCCCACGUAUUCCUACCCCUGGAAAAGGGAUGGAUUUUAAGAAAAUGCUACAACAAUCAAAAAUGAUGGUGGGGAAUGUAACUCCAGAAGUGGAUUCCUAUCGCCCUGUAAACAAGGCAUCAUCCGUAGAUAUUAAGCCGAAAAUGGAGGUGGAUUGCAAAAGUAAUGAGACUAGUGCUGUAGGGGAGAAAGUAGUAGAAGACAGAAAUUCUACAGCGUCAUCAGCUGCAACUAUAACACCAAUAGUUAAUCAUAAUCCGGCAAGUGGUUCUUCUUCUUCGGAUCAGCAGUGUCAUCCAAAGAAACGGUGGAACAAUUGGGGUCACACGGGACCGGUGAGACCAUCUUCACCACAGGCAGGAGGAUCUGUUGAUGGGAGAAGCAGUGUUGCGUCGGAUUGUAGUUCUACAGCAGAUACGGGUCAUAUUCCGAUUACUGCGACGACGACUAACCAAGGCAUUCCUGCUAACAAUCCUGUGCUAAACCCUGGUUCUACUCUGCAUUCAAGUAGCAGUGCUAUGAGUGCGGCAGCAUCGAAAUUUCGACCCAAGGGGAAAGGGUUUGAUUGGAAUACAGAGAUGCGUAGUGGGAGUCCUUAUAAUUCGAGUCCUUCUCCCAAUUCGUACGCCCCACAACAACAGCAACAGCACUCUCAAGGUUAUCCGAGUAGUCAAACUAAUAAUCACCUCCCACUUCCACCGCCUAACGUCAAAGUAACUUCCACCGGAAUUGUGCCAAGCAUUGGACAGCAACAUCAUCAACAUCCUCAGCAUUUUCAUCAGCAGCAACAACAUGCUAAUGGACCAAUGGGAAAUAUGAAUAUCGUCCCACCUCAGCAGCAACAGCAACAGCCAAAGUCUUGUGUCCCCCUCCCAAUCGGGCGAAUCCCACCACCACCUCCACCCCCUCAUUCGGGCAAGUCGAUUCUUUCUGCCGUUGACCAGGUGAUAAUGCAAACCCUGAAUAGUGGAAAUAGACCUGCGACUAACAACACCACUGGCAAUCCUUCGUCGUCCAAUUUCGAGUCGUCGACUUAUAAUAAUAACCUGUACAAACAGCAGCAGACUUCUUCGGGAAAUUACAACCCCACAAAUCACAACCAUUUCAAUAACGGUUCAAAUCAAAAAAUGGUUGUGCCCCCACCUGCCGCUGCAACUGGCUAUCAACCACCUCAUCCUCCUGGUGGACAUGGUCAGUCGAAUAGUAAUAAUUACCACCAGGCCAACUCGUACUCUCAGCAGCAACAGCCAGGCCAAAAUAACAUGUACGGGACCCACCAGCACCACACUAACAAUUCUGCUCCUCCAACUGCAGGAUUUGGACGACAGCAAGCACAACCACACCCCUCGAAUUCGGCCUACCCAGUCAUGCAAAGCCCUAAAAUCCAUCCAUCCGCAUACGCACAACAAGGGGCUGGAGGAGGCAGUAGUAGUGGUGGUACUGGUUCGUAUUACAAUGGUGGCCAGCACUUGGGGGGAAAUAAGGCACCAUAUGAGCAUCGCAAUGGAUAUCACCGACUAGGACCUUACCCACAGUCAUCAUCCUACUCGUCGUCCGCAUCUCAUCCCCCUCCACCCGGAAGUACUAAUAAGGGGAUUCACGACAUGUACCCACAGCAGCCUCACUAUAACUCCCACUACAACCAUACCUCAUCCUCUCGCCAACAACAAGCUCAACCACACCAUCAUCUCAAUUCCUCGUCCGCGUCGUCCUCCCAUCAUCAUCAAUCUCAUGGACUUCCACAACAAGGAUAUAACAAUAAUAAUCAUGAUCAUCCCCAUAACCAAAUGCUGCCAACGCGUCGGUGAUUUUUUUGUUAACUUCAUACUAAAUAUAAUGUUUUUACUUACUGUUCUUUAUUUAGAAAGUUCGACGCUAACGAAGUUUUUCACGCAUUUGUUGUUUGUUAUACUAAAUGUGGUUUCUUUCCUCGUUUCGUUAUCAAUGCCCUUCUUGAUAGUCGCAUGUACAAGUUGUGUAUAUUGAACUGAAGCUUAUAGUAGUCAUGAUAUGCAUUAUAUUGGAUAAAUAUACGAGUAAUUAAUUCACUGCCAAUUAAUUCCACCAGGAAAAAAAUCACUGCAUUGUUGUUCAUGUUAUCGUUAUUUGUUACUCUACCACUUGUUUUGUUAUUUAUUGCGUUUGAUCAAACGCAGAAAUGUUUUACAUUUGAGCGUGUGUUUUUGUACUAAUAAUGCAGAGAUGUGUUCCAAUUGUAUAAAAUUAUGCUCUUGUUGAAUGUUUUUUUUUGUUUAUUUAUUUAUUUACAAAUGUGAGAUUAGUGGUGCGUAUUCGUUUUACAUUGUAAAUAUGUAGUACUAGUGAAUUUGUUAGAUAAUAACGAUACUGACACAGCUAUGAUAGUGGUAUUCACAUGAAAAUCAAUGUGUUCAUUUUGUUAAUACUGUUCAUAUUUAUUGAUAGUCACGCAACGCAAAAAAGGGGGGAAAGUCCGUCGGGAUGAAGUAAAAGCUUUGCACUACGUAUAAAUACUUUAGGAUUGUGUAGUACCACUCGAUUUGCAUUUUAUAUACAAAGUGACAUAGUUUAGAAGAAGAAGAGACGUUCGUUGUGUUUAUAAAAAUGUAAGAAAGCGCAUCAGGUAUUUAUAUGUAACAUGUAGUCGUGUAGCGCCUGUAGUGUAGUGUGUAGUACGUAUUUGUAGCAGUUCCUGGAAAUCAGACGAGUUUGGAACAUGAAUAUUAUCGUAUAUUCGUUCGUGAUCGUGACUAGGAAUAAAUUUGGUGAGAUUGGGAUAACGGGAAUCAACUAUAAGUAAAGUAAUGUCGUAGGGUUUAUAAUUACGUGUGUAGUUUCUGAAAGUAAUCUUGACUCGUAUUGAUUUCCUACAUAUUCAUUUUUAACUCUUAACUCGUAUAUUUCUUGAUGAAAAAAAAACUUUUAAUACGCAAUUUGAAUAUGAAAAAAAUGAGAUGUUCACGACAAAAAUAUUUACAACUCAGCCCGGACAUUUAUUGUCGCUUUCAAGCUCACGUAACAGUUCAAAUUUUUAGACUCUGAAACGUUUUUACUACUGUAACUGUUAACCUAUGACUUUUUAUGACUUGUGCAGGGAUACUUUUUCUAAAAAAAAAUCGAUUAACAUGUAAUAACCUUUCUAAUCAUAAUAUUUCAUGGAUACACUAAAAUACUAUUACUGUCAGUUAUUUACAUACAUAAAUAAGUCAUAGGCGGAUGGAUUGUUCAGAAACUUUGUUAAAAUUUACUUAGAUCUCAAUUACAAAAUCCUAUCCUAUUACUGCAGUCCGUAAUGUAUGCUUCACGACCUACCGAUCAAUCAGUUACGAAACAAUCUUCAUAAAAUUAUCAAACUUUGUACAUCUAUUGAAACCAAAAAUCAGGAAGUAGGAUACAUUUUUGUCGAGUAAAUGUUAUAAAGUAGAUUAAAUAUGGUUAUGUCCUACCUUCGUGUCAGUAACUAGCCGAGUGGAGAAACUAAAACUAAAAAUAUUGCAAAGAACAAAAUUAUGGAAUAAAAUAAUAAGUAGCUAAUCGGACGCAAAUUAAGUGUAGUAGUCAACUCAGUUCAAAAACAAUCUCGGAUCUUGACAACUUAUUACGCAUUUUAGAGAAUUUUUUUAGAGAAAUUCUUUACGUUUACUUUCUUCCACUGGAUUGAGUUAUUACACAAUAAAAUAAUUUAGAAUAUAUAGAUAUAAAUAAAUACGAGUAAAUUUAUAGAUGCGAUACUGUUAAUUAGACUUGAUGUGUAUUACUAAAUAAAUGAUGACAGUAUUUCGUAAAAUAA